UGCGGUUUUGGUAAUCGUCUUAAUGGAUGCAAGGCGCUGGCCGUGGCAAGUCUAAGGCGUUCUCAUGCGUUGCGGAAUUUUCUCGAUUCUCUCCUCGAUAUGUCUUGUUCGCAGUCCGCCGUUGUCCUUUACGUCGUCUUCGGCUGCAGAUGACUACCACUUGGCCGCCAUCGAAGCAUGCUAGGCGACUGGCCACCCCGAAUACUUCUCAUCACAGUAGGCACCGCGAGGAAGACAGAAUCAGGUGCGCUACAGAGAGGCGCAGGAGGCCCUUCUUCUCUGAUGGAACUUGGCAGGACGACUUGAACAACAGUGGCUUUAUAAUCAUAUAUCUUGAUAAGAGUCGCGGACCCUGUGUUGUGCCGCAAGCCCAUCGCCGCCGACGGGUGUCUCUAGUAUCUUACUCCCAUGGCGACGUCGGAUCCGUUACGAGCAAGCCAGCUCAAAUCGUCCACGGCGCAACCGGGGGAGACAUCUCCAGCAAGCCAAAGCACACAUACAGUCUGCUCUGGCAAAAGCACGACUUUGCCGCUCCUCUGGGUGCGUGGAGAAAUACCUCGUCAGCUUCUCGUGCGGCGCAUUUGCAGUCUAGUGCCCUGCCUCUUUCAUCCACAGAAGAGCAUUGCGGGGAAACCGUCCAAGGGGGCCCUAUGGUUGCCAAGCACCCUCGCGGCACAUAUCAGCGGUGAUGGGGUGCCGUGUUGGAUGUAUGAUUGGAUGGCCAGCGACAAACACGAAAGGGGAUGAGAGAAAGGGGAUGAGAUGGGCUUGGACGACGGCCGGUUUUUCUCUCGUCGCAAAAACCGGCUUCUGCAGUCCGGAACGCGGGUGAGUGGCGCGGAAUCCAAUGGGUGGUGCCUGCCUGAGUACCUCGGUCGGUGAUACUUAGGGUAGGUAGGUAGGUACACCUGCCACCUGCCUACCCGAAGUGGACAGGUGGUACCUGUACCUACCUAGCACAACUAUCUUGUACGACAUCGGAUCAACGGAUGACUCCCCUUGCAGCCCCUUUCUGGGGAAAGACCGACUCCAGCUCCGAAUGACGAGAAGACAAGAAGAACAGCGCAGCCUACCUAGCCCUAGUCCCAGCCGCUAAAACACGCGGAUGGCUGUUCAGGCUCAAAAGCCCGACGGUUGUUGUUGGAAGGGGUCUUGCGAAACCCGAGCAACUGCAAAUCGCUCCACCCAGCGCUACUAUGAGCCUCGCCAUUCCCAACACGAGAGAGCAACAUCAGCCGGGAGCUGGCUACCUAGUGAGAUGGCCACAACGCCAAAGAGCGAACGGGAGCGCCCAAGGAUGCCAUCCCAUACAGCGAGCGGGCGCACCUGGAAGCGUGUGCCAAAACCGAAGUAACCAAAAAUAAGCGACGGCGGUAUCCCAACAUGACAGGCGCGGUGGUACCGGAGUGCCGGCCCAAAGCAGCACCCACUGAACUGAGGGAAAGUGCUCGCUGCGCCCUCGGCUAACACACAUCCUUCACACGGCGAAUUCCAGCUGUCAUCUAUCCGGCCUAUGAGCGUCGAGAUCAUCACACCCUCACCGUGAACAUACACCCUUUCCCGCCCGGUCAGUGACCAUUGAUGGCCACCCCCAUGCACACCACACCACCACCCGGUAGCGCGCCAGCUGCUUUCUGGUUGGCUGCCUGACCGCCCUCGUGCGGGGAGAUAGGACGCCAUGGGAUGGCUGACCACGGAUACGGCAUAACUAGGCAACAAAGCACAGCCAGCCUUGCCAUACUGCCUUGGCGUGACGGGCGCCUUGUUGGCGUAAUGGGCGCCUUGUUGGCGGCCUGCGGCCCAUUCCUUGGACAAAUGGGCCGCCGCGAGGAACCUCUUGUCAUUCAGUGGUCCUUAUCCGCACAGUCAACCCCGCGGGGCUAUUUGUCCGACUCCAGAACUCCUUCUCCAUUCCUUCCAGAUCAACCCGCAGCCGUUGUUGUGCUAGAGCCGCCCAAGCAUCAGGAUGACCACGACACCAAUCUCCCUAUUCGAGGUGCUGAAGGAAAGCAAGAUCUCUUGCCAUUCGGACCUUGGCGGCGGCGAUUAUUAUCCACAAAGCGCAGUGGACAAGUACGCCCAGGAGCCACACAUCACAAAGGAAGGCGUGCCCGAAGAACUAGUGGAGAUCAUCGUAACAUCCGCUCGGAAGAUCUUUAUAAUUCUUCAUCAUGCCGACCGAAUCGACCUCGCCCGCAGCAUCCUCGGGUGCGGAAUUCGAGAUGCAGACUUGCCUCUCCGACUUGAGAAAGAUUGCUUGAUCUCAGGUAGCGGAAAGUGCUUCCGGCCGUUUGGGAGCCCUUGGAAAGCCAACCGCCGCAAUGUCCAGGCCUUUCUGGAUUCUCAAUGGGUGGUCCAGCCUCACAUCCUGGACGACAGUGGCAAGCAUCACCAGCUUGAAUUAACAUGCGCGUUGCCGUUUUUGGGCACUCCCGAGUCGCUGGGGACGGCUGCAAGGGCAGUUUUUGAGUGCAUCAUCCACAAGGAUUGCUUCCGUAAUGUCGACAACUCGCCACAGCCGCUACAGGAUAGUGGCGGUGAUGCCGCUGGCAGUGGUAGUGAUGCGGAUACUGAGGAGCAGAACUCUGGACGACGGGUAGCCGUGAAGAGAUUCACCAACCCGGAAGACUUCAAGCGGGAAAUCGAUGCACUACGAGCCGCGCGCGAAGCGAACCACCCGAACUUGAUCAGAUUCCUGAGCAGCUACGAGAAAUCUAAUACGUACUAUAUUAUCCUGCCCUGGGCCGAGGGUAGUACUUUGCAGCACUACUGGAACAAGAAUGCUGUGCGAGACCAGGCCCUUAUCCGCAAGUCCAUAGACCAGCUCCUCCAGCUCUCCGACGCUCUCCAGUUCCUCCAUUUCAUCAACUUCCGGCACGGCGACCUCAAGCCCGACAACAUCCUCCAUUUCACGGACCCCUCCCGACAUCUUGACAACUUUGUCAUCGCCGACCUCGGAAUCUCCAGCCGCCACAUGCACCCCACCGGCCACUUCGGCAGGCAAGCGACAAAGAUGAAAGCAACCACGCUCGCCUACGAGGCCCCCGAGGUCUGGACGGAGAGCGAUAGCCCGCGCUCUAGGAAGUAUGACGUCUGGUCCAUGGGCUGUAUCAUCCUAGAGCACAUAAUCUGGCUGCUCUGGGACAUCGACGCCCUGGCCACCUUCGAGGACUCCCGUCACUACCCUGCGUUCGCCUUCUACCUCGCCGAUGGUGGCAGGAACAAGCCCAAGACUGCCAUAGUCCACCCCGAAGUGGCGAGUGCCAUAGAGGCGGUGCGGGACGAUCCACGCGGCGCGGCGGGGACGGCCCUACGCGACCUCAUCGACCUCAUCGAGCGUGGCCUUUUGGUCGUGGAUGUGAAGCAGCGGUGGGAUGCGAAGCAACUUCACACCGCCCUGGGCGAGAUUGCGCGCAAGGCGUCUCCGGGGGCCAUGGGCGAUGCGUACCUGCUCCCUCUCAACGCCACCGCGCCGCCGCGGCCGCUCAUCUUCGGCAGCGCGGGGGCGCACAAGACUGCACAACCGUGAGCAGAGACUGACCCAGCACAGGGAAAAGCCCCGCCCAAACGACGGCGCAUACACACUCGCCGCCGGGGCUGGGGGGGACAGAGCCACUUCCAAAAGGGCGCACUGUAACAUUGUCUUCUACCCUCGCAGGAGAAUCAGCGCCGUCCGCCUCGCCACGUGGGCCAGGUCGACGACGUCAACGAUGGAGCUGCCGCCGAUGCGCCGUUUCAGCACGACGUGGACCAGCUCGUACGAGUCCCUCAAAAACGUCAGCCGGAGACGAACCGACCACCACACCGGCGGGGCGACGACGGCGUCGGUCAGCUUCGAGGCGGCACCGGCUGCUGCUGGCGCGCCGAGGAGGGCGUCGACGUGGACCGUGCUCAUACGGACGGUGAGCGGCGUCUCGCGCGGCAGCGACCACGGCCGCAGCAGGGGGGUCGUCGCGGCGUGGCUGCGCGGGCACUACACCCCGAGGAUGCACAAGGUGCAAGCCAAGGUGCGGCGGUGGCGGGAGAUGCGGAGGCCUGCGGGGUAGCCACGCGGAAAGGGGUGUGUUCCCUUUUUUUUUUUUUUUUUUGCUAUUUCCGGCCGAACAGUGGAGAAAGAAGUUUGAGCCUGACGGCUACAACGUGCCACGACUGAAUGAGGCUCGAUUCUGGUUUGCAAAGGAUUGGGAGGGCAACCAGGCGUGACGUCUCCCUCCCCCUGAAUGGAGUCUGGCGCGGGUACAUAUCUACGGUUGUGUUAGAAGGGUGGGGAAGAACCAACGAUCCGGGAUCUGGCUGGGGGUUCCUCAACGAACAACGCCCAGGUAACAGCAGGAAAACAAACGUCUCAACUGCCUUGUAAAGCGGUCAGGCCGCGCGUGUUUAUGUUGACGGAAGAACGGUACAAGAUACGAUGACGGGUGUAUUCUUGCAGUUACCAACAUAUUUUGAUCACGAAGAGGACGCGCAGUGAAUCUUUGCAAUGUUUCUUUUGUCUCCGCAACUAUAUCGCUUUAGCACUCGAACGCGAAAGAAUACGAAGGCUGAAAAUGGACUGGGAA